CUGUUCCACACACACACACAGGCAUCGGCUUACACUGGCGCCCCAGGACACGUCCCUAAGCCCCGCCCCUUACACAAAGCCCUGGCCAGCUGGUUGCUGGGAGAGUCAGCUGAGCGCCGGGAGAGGGGAGGGGACAUUAUCUGACACCGAGGAAGCUGCUGCUGCUGUGGCGCUGGUUACGUGCCUUUUAAUGGUGCCGGAACAUCCUGUGUGAGGGAAACAGAAGAAAUAUUUGGCACCUUACACCUGCCUUGCCCCCCAUCUGUCAUGAUCCACAGCCUGUUUCUGAUUAACCCUUCGGGGGACAUCUUCCUAGAGAAGCACUGGAAAAGCGUGGUUUCCCGCUCUGUUUGCGACUACUUCUUUGAGGCCCAGGAAAGGGCGUCGGAGGCAGAGAAUGUGCCGCCAAUCAUCCAGACCCCUCACCACUACCUUCUCAGCGUCUACAGGCACGCCAUCUUUUUUGUGGCUGUCAUCCAGACAGAAGUACCCCCACUUUUCGCCAUUGAGUUCCUUCACCGUGUGGUGGACACAUUCCAGGAUUACUUUGGCUCAUGCUCCGAAGCUGUGAUUAAGGAAAAUGUGGUAGUGGUAUAUGAGGUUCUCGAGGAAAUGCUUGAUAAUGGGUUCCCUCUUGCUACUGAAUCCAACAUCCUUAAGGAACUCAUCAAGCCUCCAACCAUUCUUCGUAGUGUGGUCAACACCAUCACAGGCAGCUCCAAUGUUGGGGACCAGCUUCCCACUGGACAGCUCUCCGUGGUUCCUUGGAGACGAACAGGAGUAAAAUACACCAAUAAUGAGGCUUAUUUUGAUGUUAUCGAGGAAAUUGAUGCCAUCAUUGAUAAAUCAGGAUGCACUGUGACAGCCGAGAUUCAGGGGGUGAUUGAUGCCUGCGUAAAACUAAGUGGGAUGCCAGAUCUGACUCUGUCUUUCAUGAAUCCCCGUCUCCUGGAUGAUGUGAGUUUUCACCCAUGUGUACGUUUCAAGCGAUGGGAGUCAGAGAGGAUCCUUUCCUUCAUCCCACCUGAUGGGAAUUUCCGACUGCUGUCCUACCAUGUCAGUGCCCAGAACUUGGUGGCCAUCCCAGUGUACGUGAAACACAACAUUAGUUUCCGGGAAGGAAGCAGUGGCGGGAGGUUUGAAGUCACUCUUGGACCAAAACAGAGCAUGGGGAAGACUGUGGAAGGGGUCACCCUCACUGGGCAGAUGCCCAAGGGAGUCCUGAACAUGACAUUAACCCCUUCCCAAGGAACACAUGUCUUUGAUCCAGUAACCAAGCUCUUGUCCUGGGAUGUCGGAAAAAUCAAUCCCCAGAAGUUACCAAAUCUCAAGGGAACUAUGAUCCUUCAGGCUGGAUGCUCAAAGCCAGAUGAAAACCCCACUUUGAACCUGCAUUUCAAGAUCCAACAGCUGGCCAUAUCAGGUCUAAAGGUAAACAGGCUGGACAUGUAUGGAGAGAAAUACAAACCAUUUAAAGGCAUCAAGUACAUGACCAAAGCUGGCAAGUUCCAAGUGAGAACAUGAGGGGGGGAGGUGAGAUGUAUUCUGAAGUACCCCCUACUCAGCUUGUGACGACCUACACCUCUAUAUGCAGAUGAGAGUGUUACUUCUUGGAGUGUUGGACAGCAUAGUUGGGUGUGUGUGUAUAUGUCUGUGUAGAUUUAUUCCUUGUUAUAAAGGGUAUUCCUGGGAGAAUUGUCAUGUGAAUCUGUGUGGGGUGUGUUACAGGAGCCCAUACAGUAUAUGUGCAGAGGGCAUUGAGAAAGAGCAAGGAUGUCUUACUUCUACACCUGUUGCUGGUCUCGAAUUCCUAUCAUCCCCUGCCAACCACUGGCAGUUUGGAUAGGAAGAAGGUAUUGUCAUUUGUAAAGGAUGUUGUGUUAUAUGCAGACAUUUUACAAAAUCUUCCAAAAAUAGUGUGUUUUACUGAACUAAUAAUUACAAAUAAAUCUGAAAAAUGUGUGAA